AUGGCCACGCCGCGGGGCUUCUACCCGUUCAACUUCGACAGCACAUGCGACGAGCGGAGGCACAGGUUCGCCAACAUCCCCAGGAUGAAGAUCAAGGCGCUGGACUUCGUGCACGCGCUCGUCUCCGCGGUCCUGUUCGUCGUCGUGGCCCUCGGCAACGCCGGCAUAUAG